AUGUCGCUGCAACGAACACCGCCGGGUAAAUUCGCAUCCGACACGGAUAUACCCGCAACGUUAGACAUCGGUUUUGUGAACAGUCGAAAACGUAAACAGCCCGACUGUGAUGGAGCACAAACCUUAGAUUGCAUUGAGAGACUUUCAAAAACAAUCAGCAAUGAAUUAACUAAAAUAACAUCGACCCUAACAGAUAUUAACAAUAAGAUGACAAAAUUACAAAAUGACAACAUCAAUAUCAAUAAAUCCUUAGGUGAAACAAAUGAGAGGUUGUCAGAAAUUGAAAAAUCGCUAAAUUUCUUAUCAGAAAGACAAGAUGGCUUUGAAACUCGUCUGAAGGCCCUAGAAGGUCAGAUUACUCGCACCCCUGAUCUUACUAUACAAUUGGCUACAAUCGAAAAUAAAAUUUCUUUAAUGGAACAACAGGCCCGACAGUGUAAUUUAGAGAUAUCUAAUAUUAAAGAACGGCGUGGCGAGAAUCUAGUUCAAAUAGUAGAAAACUUGGGUAACAUCAUCAAACAACCAAUUAGGGCAGCUGACGUUGUAGCCGUUCAUCGAGUCCCGCACGCUGACCAAAACAACAAGCGACCCAAAAAUAUAAUCGUUAAAUUCACCUCGAGGAUACUUCGUGAUAACUUCAUCUCAGCAUCGCGCACAACAAAAGGACUAAACUCAACUAUGCUGUCCAUAACUGGGUCGCCGGCGCCAGUGUAUGUGAAUGAACACCUUACGCUGAAUAACAAAAUUUUGUUUCGUCAAUCUCGCGAGGCUGCGAAGAAACAUGGCUUCAGGGAUCAUAACACGAGCGGGCGGCGCGACGGCGGUGGCGUGCUUGUGGCCGUACAACGCGAGCUACGCGCACGCCCCGCACAGGCCGCCCGCACGCGCCUCCGCCUUCAGCCCGCGCGCGCCUCUAGUAGAUCACGUCCUCUUGGAAUUAAAAUCGGCGAACUACUCAUUCAUAAUUAG